GAGAUAACGGUGUUUGUUCAAUUGAGUCAACAUGAGUGGUGUUCAGGUAGCCUGUUUUCUGCUGGUGGCGUCUCAUAUCGCCUGCCUGCCCCUCAACAACAGACCGAUCAUUGGUGUUGUUGACCAGUGCACGGGUUUAGACCAGCCAUAUGGCGACACUUACAUCAGCGCGACCUAUGUCAAGUUCCUGGAACAGGCGGGAGCCAGGGUAGUUCCAGUGAGAGUCAAGCAGCCUAAAGAAUACUACGAAACUCUCCUUUCGCGCAUCAAUGGAGUGCUAUUCCCCGGGGGUGACCGCAAUCUGACCUCCAGCUACCUCGCCACUGCCGCUAGGAUCAUAUACGACAUCGUCGUCCAGGCUAACGACGCCGGGGAUCACUUCCCCCUGUGGGGCACCUGUCAGGGCUUCCAACUCCUCACCAACCUGACGGCCCGGCACAACUUCCUGCAGCCAACUGAUGCUGAGAACAUUAGUAUGGCGCUAGACUUGAAGCCAGCCUACAAGGAAAGUCGCUUGCUGGGCAUGGCCAGUCCUAGGGUCAUCAACACGCUCACCAGGGAGAAGGUCACGCCAAAUUUCCAUCAUUUCGGUGUUAUGGAGGAGACAUUUAGUGCCACGCCCUCUCUCCGCGACUUCUACCGGAUCAUGUCUACCAACAAGGACAGGGGAGGGAAGGUGUUCGUGUCCACCAUGGAAGCGUUCAAAUACCCGUUUUAUGCCACCCAGUGGCACCCGGAAGAUAUAAACUACGGUUGGAAUCCCAACGACGACAUCGACCACACACGGGAGGCCAUCCACGUCACCCAGUACCUCGCCAACUUCUUCGUCGACGAGGCCCGGAAAAGUCAGCACCGCUUUCCAGACGUCGCCACAGAGUCUGCAGCCGUCAUUGAGAACUACCAGCCUCUGUUUCUUAAAGACGGAUCUUUCUCUGAAGCAUAUAUGUUUAAUUUUACCCAAAUUCCUUUUUAUUAAGCUAUGUUUUCACACUUCUGUCUAAACUGAUCAAUAAUAAAAUGGAUGCACCUGAUAA